CGGGCGGUGUCUCUUAUCGUAUCAGUCGGAGCCGGAUCUCACGAUCCAUCUACUUCGUCUCCUGAAUGUGGAUUAUGCUUGCGGCCAUGAAUGUGCUCUCGUAUUCAUCGCUCUAGUUCCUAUUCAUAUAUCUGAUUCUGCCGCCUCGUAUCAAGUAGUCACCGCUGGUCAGGUGCUACAUACCGCUGUGCUCUCGGGCGCUCAAGGUCUCCGCCCUUUCGGAACCAGCUCCAAGUACUAUCUCGGCCGACGAACUCCCCUGGUUCAACAAUUUCUUUUAACCAAUCGUCCUGAUGACUGGUUUACGACUGAAGAUAGACGGACACAGGUUCCGCGACUCUCAGAACCGUGAGAUCACCCUGCGAGGCAUCAAUGUCGCUGGAGAUGCCAAAUACCCAAAGCAUCCUGAGAUCCCCUCCUACGUCUCCCAGGACUUCUUCGAUGCAGAUAACGUUUCCUUCGUCGGUCGUCCGUUUUCUCUAGAGGAUGCACACCAUCACUUUAGCAAAUUGCGAAAAUGGGGAUACAAUACCAUUCGAUACAUAUUCACUUGGGAGGCAAUCGAACAUGCCGGUCCAGGAAUAUACGAUGACGAGUGGAUCAGCUUCACGAUCGAAGUUCUUCGCAUAGCGAAGCGCUAUGGAUUCUACGUAUUCAUGGAUCCUCAUCAGGAUGUGUGGUCCAGAUUGUCCGGGGGCUCCGGAGCCCCCAUGUGGACAUUGUAUGCAGCUGGUCUGAAUCCCCAAGCCUUCAAUAAGACGCAAGCCGCUCUCGUACAAAACACAUGGGAUAAUCCUGCAGAGUUCCCAAAGAUGAUAUGGAGUACAAAUUACACACGCUUAGCGUGCCAGACAAUAUUCACACUAUUUUGGGCCGGAAGAGACUUCGCCCCUAAAGCAAUUAUAGACGGACAGAAUAUCCAGGACUAUCUCCAGGGUCACUUCAUUGCAUCGUGCAAGCGUCUUGCAGAGAAGAUCCACGAGGCUGGUGAUCUCGAAAGCGAAGUUGUAAUUGGAUGGGAAAGCAUGAACGAGCCACACAGGGGACUCAUCGGUGUGCAAGACAUAUCCAUUGUACCCCCCGACCAGCAACUCCAGCUUGGCACAUCGCCCACACCAUUCCAAGCUAUUCUCACUGGCUCCGGGAGAGCCUGUGAGGAGACUACUUGGGCCUUUGGUAGCUUCGGACCUCACCAGACUGGUCGGGAACUAGUCGACCCGGAAGGGGAGUCUGUCUGGUUGCCUGCUGACUACGACGACAGCUUCUACGGCUGGAAGAGAGAUCCUUCUUGGAGAUUGGGAGAAUGCCUGUGGGCUCAACACGGCGUGUGGGAUCCUACCACUGAUAAAUUACUCAGGGCGGACUACUUCGGUAAACAUCCUAAGACUGGUGAAGAGCUGAACUAUGACAAGUUCACAAACACCUACUUCAUGGACCACUACAGAGCUUAUCGAGAUGCUAUUAGAAGCGUCUGGCCUGAAGCGAUCAUGUUCUGCCAGCCUCCGGUCAUGGAGAUCCCCCCUAACGUGAAGGGAACAGCGGACGAUGACCCCAACAUGGUCCAUGCAGUCCAUUACUACGAUGGCCUGACUCUCUUAACUAAACACUGGAACCGAUUCUACAACGUGGAUGUUAUUGGCGUCCUUCGGGGGAAGUAUCUGACUCCUGCUUUUGCAGUCAAGAUUGGGGAGACCGCUAUCAGGAACUGUUUGCGAGACCAGCUCAAAUUCCUUCGAGAUGAAAGCUUCGACUACAUGGGUGAACAUCCGCUCGUUUUCACCGAAAUCGGAAUCCCUUAUGACAUGGAUGAUAAAUAUGCAUAUAAAACAGGAGAUUAUACCAGCCAGACAAGUGCGAUGGAUGCAAAUCAUUUCGCGUUGGAGGGUAGCCAGUCUAACGGGUUUACAUUGUGGCUAUACAUGACACAGAAUAAUCAUCAAUGGGGCGAUCACUGGAACGGGGAAGACCUGUCUAUCUUCUCUCAUGACGAUCUCGAGCUUCCCGUUCCACAAAUAUCUCAUCGCAGGAACGAAUCCACAACUUCCAUCGACAGAAGUUCUCCGGCUUAUUCCCAAAGUCAAAGUAACAAUGACACUCAGUCGGUGACACCCAAAAAUCUUCGUCGGGCUUUGACUUCUCAGUCGAUGACUUCCAACCGCUCUCAGACCUCUCCAGAGGACAAACCAGGUUUCCGCGCUGCAGAAGCCUAUAUACGUCCAAGCCCCAUUUUCACUCAUGGUACUCUAUCCGCCCAUGGUUUUGACCUCCGCAAUUGUACCUUUACUCUCUCCCUUGUGGCUGAAUCUGCCACGGCAGAACAUGCACCAACAGAGAUAUAUCUCCCUGAGUUCCAUUUCCCCGCUACAGACACGACUGUCACUGUAAGCGGUGGCAAGUGGUCCAUCGAUAGCCAAGAAAUUGAGACUGUGGUUAUACAGAGACUCAGAUGGUGGCACGGUGAAGGGGAACAGGACAUAAAAAUCCAAGGUGUCAAGCGGAAAGCUGGUGAGGCCAUAAGUAACGCUGAUGAGGAAGGAUAUUUGGAACAAUGCCAGAAGAGUACAUGUACCGUGAUGUGAGGACCGAAUGCUAGCGGGUACCCUGAUAAUAACGCGCGUAUUGAUUUUGCAGCACUGCAUUCGAGGACAUCUAGAGGAUUUUGUCAUUGGCGUGCUUUCGGGUCUUGUAGUUUAAACGAAUCAUCACUAGUCCUGUCACACUGCUACACUGCACGGUUCCUUCACUGUUUCUGUGUUUCUGUGAUGGAAACAUGUUCGAGCCUUAUUGUUGGACUAUCUAGGUACUCUUCCAAGUAAGAUCCU